GAUGGUGAAGGAGGAGAGUGAAGAACUGAGUGAAGAUAAGGAGAAACAUCAUGUCAAAAGUGAAAGUGAAACUCACUCGGAUUGUUUUAUGAAAGGGACAGCCAUAAACUUCACCUGCACUCAGUGUGGAAGGACUUUUGGUCGCAAACAUACUCUCAAGCUUCACAUGAUGAUCCACACUGGAGAGAAACCUUACAAGUGUUCACACUGCGACAAGAGAUUCAUUCAUUCGGGACAUCUGAAAACACAUGAGAGGACUCACACUGGAGAGAGACCGUUCACAUGCAUCGAGUGCGGGAAGAGUUUCAGACGCUCAACAUGUCUUAAUUUACACCUGCUGAUCCACGCUGGAGAGAAAACGCACAGAUGUGAUCAGUGCGGCAAGACAUUUUUGAGGCCUUUGGAUCUGAAGGUCCAUCUCAGAGUUCAUACAAGUGAGAGGCCUUAUCCGUGCUCUGAGUGUGGAAAGAGUUUUAGACAUUGGUCACAUUUAAAAGACCACCAGAAGAUCCACACUGGUGUGAGAGAGUUCGUGUGUAUUGAGUGUGAGAAGACUUUUAUUAGAGCUGGAGAAUUGAGACGACACCAGAUGAUCCACACUGGAGAGAAACCGUACAGGUGUUCACACUGCGACAAGAGAUUCAGACAUUUAAAAUAUCUAAAAACACAUGAGAGGACUCACACUGGAGAGAGACCGUUCACAUGUGCUCAGUGUGAGAAGAGUUACACACAAUUCUCACACCUUAAUCAACACAUGAAGAUCCACACUGGAGAGAGACCACACAGAUGUGAUCAGUGCGGUAAAGCGUUUUUGAGGUCUUCAGAGCUGAAGGUUCAUCUUAGAGUUCAUGCAAAUCUUCAACUCCUGUCGGGAACGGGAAUUGAACUUGUAAGGUCCCUAACCUAACCAACUUAUGCGUUGCCAUGUCCAGCAAUGCAGUGGAAUCUCCACUGGUUUGACUCCAGUAUGGUUCGUAAAUGGAAAAAAAGACUUGUCAAUAUGUGUGAGAAUUACGUCAACCACAGAUUUGUCCUACACCUUUUCUGCACCUGUUUUGUCAUUCUCUCUAUCGCUGGUGUCAAACUCAGUUCCUGGAGUUCCAGUUUAGCUUUAACCCUAAUUAAACACACCUGGUCAAGCUAAUUGGGUCAGUAACCCUGGAUUGAAACCUACAGUUCUGCUGUCACACUGGACUUUUCUCCACAUAGAUGACCCUUCAUAAGCAUGCGAAUGUGUCAGACCGGAAACUCAAGCUUGUGCGCAGAGAUGGCACAAAUACUUUACUCAAGGAGAAGUACAGAUACUCAUGUAUAAAACGACUCUGGUAAAAGUUAAAGUACUGAUUACACUUUUGUACUCAAGUAAAAGUCAAGAAGCACAACCUCAAACAAAUACUGAAGUAAAAAGUACCCAUUACUACCGCAUGUAUUAGUUUUACUAGGUAGGUAAAUAACCGGUUUCAUCCACAGUCUAAAAACAUGCAGUGUGAGAGAGUUAAGUAAAUUGGCCAUAGUGUAUAAGUGCAUGUGUGAAUGCUAGAGUGUAUGGGUGUUUCCCAGUACUGGGUUGUGGCUGGAAGGGCAUCCGCUGCAUAAAACAUAAGCUGGAAUAAUUGGUGGUUCAUUGGGCUGUGGCGUCCCCUGAUAAAUCAGGGACUAAGCUGAAGGAUAGUGAGUGAGGAUAGGUGCUUAAAAUGACUUUUGGGUUCGAAUCCCGACUUGUACAAAUAAUCAGAAAUCGUGGUUCUAUGUAUUUUAAUCAUGUUGCUGUUUUAUGAUGACUAGGAUACAGCUGCUGAUACGCCAUCAAUUUAGCAUCAUCUUUGUAACACUAAAAUAAUAAUGAAUAUUUUACAGUACUGUGAUGGUUGGGUUUUGGGUAGAUGUUAAUAAUAAAAUACAUUGGUAAAUUUAUUAAAUAAUAUAAAUAAUUCUUGAUAACUUCUGGCCACAACCGUCUCUAAUCUAGCAACAACCCUGAUUCAUGUCCAAAACAAGACAUAUUUAUUCACAAGUGUUUAUUCGGAUGUCAGACCAAUGCUGAAACAAAACCAUACAAGAAUAAAGCAUUUCAAAACUGCUGUAUCAGUCUGGAUUCGAACUAGUAAUGUAAUGUUUAUUAGUUGUAUGUUGAUGGCAUUAGCAUUAUGGAUAAAAUCUAGUUUUAAUGGCAAUGCUACUUUUGAAUAGAUAUGAACACAGGGAACAGUGUAUUAGCGAGCACCACCAUGUUCUAUGGUAAGUGAAAGAAGAAAAGGACAGAACUGGCUCUUCCUGCAGAUGAAAGUGAGGAUGAGAUGGGUUUUACUGACCAUUAGAAGGAUGCAGACUGGACAUUUCAUGGAGACAGUUCAGGUAAGUUAGGUCAGAGGCAGAUAAGCCAGGCGUAGUGUAGUAUACAGCAGUGUUUCCCAACCCCGUUCCUGGAGGCACACCAACAGUACAUAUUUUGAAUGUCUCCCUUUUCUGACCCUUUAACUUCAGGUUUUGGAGUCUCUUCUGAUGUUAUGAUAAGAUGAUUCAGGUGUGUUUGAUUAGGGAGAGGUUGAAAAUGUGAACUGUUGGUGUGCCUUCAGGAACAGGGUUGGGAAACAAUGGUAUAUAGUAUAAUACACAUAAACAUUGCUAGCUAGGAGCUACAUUAUUCUGAUGCAUCUGGAUAUACUAGACUCCUUAUUUAUUUGUUAUAAUAUUUACUGGGGAAAAUAUUUAUUUUAUUGUGUGUUGUAUACAUGGUAAUACAAUAUUAGGUUUGUUUUUAAUAACAUUUAGCAAAAAAUAAUGGAAUGAAUGAAAGCUGUUGGAGUAUGAGUAGAUGGAAAGUAUGUAUAAGGUGUCAUUUAUAAGUUCUGUGUAAAGCUUAUAAUACUGCAACACCAAUUAAAUAAUUUCUA